AUGACAGCCUCCGUGCUCCUCCACCCCCGCUGGAUCGAGCCCGUCAUGUUCCUCUACGACAACAGCCUGGAUGAGAUCAAUAAGAACAUGGACGGGUUUCACGCCGGCAGCAACUUCGCGGCGGCGGCGGCGGCCAACCCCUGCCGCAACCUGAUGGCUCACCCCGCGCCCCUGGCCGCCCCCAGCGCCGCUGCCUACACCUCCAGCGAGGCCCCCGCCGCCGGCAUGGCCGAGCCCGCUGUCAAGCAGUGCAGCCCCUGCUCGGCCGCCGUGCAAAGCUCCUCCGGCGCCGCGCUGCCCUACGGCUACUUCGGCAGCGGCUACUACCCCUGCCGCAUGACCCACCACAACGCCAUCAAAUCCUGUGCCCAGCCCGCCUCCACCUUCUCCGACAAGUACAUGGACACCUCCGUCUCCGGCGAGGAGUUCACGUCGCGGGCCAAGGAGUUCGCCUUCUACCAGGGCUACGCCGCCGGGCCCUAUCAGCCGGUGCCCGGCUAUUUGGAUAUGCCCGUGGUGCCCGCCAUCGGCGGUCCCGGCGAGCCGCGCCACGACCCCCUGCUCCCCAUGGACAGCUACCAGCCUUGGGCCAUCACCAAUGGGUGGAAUGGGCAAGUGUACUGCCCCAAGGAGCAGAGCCAGCCGCCUCACCUCUGGAAAUCCACCCUCCCGGACGUCGUUUCGCAUCCCUCGGACGCGAACUCGUACAGACGUGGGAGAAAGAAACGAGUGCCUUACACAAAGGUCCAGUUAAAAGAACUCGAAAGGGAAUACGCUACAAAUAAAUUCAUAACCAAAGACAAACGGAGGAGGAUAUCGGCGACUACAAAUCUAUCAGAGAGACAGGUCACAAUCUGGUUCCAAAACAGAAGGGUCAAAGAGAAAAAAGUGAUCAACAAAUUGAAGACCACCAGUUAAUGGAUUAAAAAUAGAGAAGCAGCAACUUAAAAGUUUCAGAACAUUUUU